AUGGAGGAGGAAUUUAAUUCAUCACCCAAAAGUUAUACAGAAGUUGAAACUGAUGAUUCAACUAACUUCAACAACUCUCUGCAAGAACUCAAGGAUUUGUGCUCUCAGCUUCACAAUGCUGCAGAUUAUUGUGAGAAAGCAUUUGUAAAGGCAGAAGAGAAAAGAGAUGUACUGGAGAACACAAAAGAGUAUCUCUGCAGAGCUGUUGUUACAGUUGUCGAUCAUUUAGGAUGUGUCUCAGCUAAACUUGAAUGCAAGAUUUCAACGAUUGACACAGCUUCUGAAACAGAACUUCGAAUUGAUGGCUUGACUCAAAGGCUCGCGACCUGCCAGCAAUACUCUAACAAGCUUGCUCUCACUAGUCUUUGUUGGAAUACUGAUUUAGCAACAUUUGAUCAUCGCUAUAUAUCACCACCAAUUGAAGAUCUCAGGAGAAUGAAACAAAUGUCAAGGGGAUUUGGUAUGCCAAUUGACAAUAAGACUCUACACAAGGAUAGAUUUGAGGCAGAGGAAGAUGUGCCACUAUUUUUGUACACUUACAACUUUAAGCCUUCUCUACUUGAAGAUUCGAAGCAAAAGUCUAGCUUUUCGCCUCCAGUGCUUCCUGUUCUGGACGGACUAUCUGUUGUACCAAAAUCACAAAAUUCCAACUUUGAGUUUCAGGAGGCUCGAAAGCAAAAACGAAACAUAUUGAGUUGGAAACCAAUGCAUAAUAAGGAUAUCAGGUCACUCAUUAGACGUGGUAGAAGAAUAGUAACAUGAAUUUGUGAAGAGUCUAAAGACUGCCACAAAACUUCCCUUCAAGAUAUUGUAGGCCUCAAGUUACCAGGUUUAAAGAUAUGUAUUAUUACUCUUGUUUUGCAAAUUAUGUAUAUUAUAAAGGGAGAUUAUGCUACAAACCAUUUUCAACAAAACAUAACAUGCAUUUUGAACUUCCCUA